GAAAGGUCGAUCUGGACCAACCUGUUCGCACCACUACGGCUGGGAAUGGACGUUGACACCACUUUACCCUACUUGGGUUAAUUCUAUGACGAAUGUGAGAAAUGUUAAAGUAACUAAGGCUGUGUCUAUGAAGAGGUUAAAGGUUAGGACAAAAAAGGUUGGAUUUCAAUGGGAAAAAGGGGAGAAGAGUCGUGGUCUUAAUCAAGCCAAAGUGGAAAUAAUAAGUGCCAAUAAUUUUGAAUUAUUGGCGAAUACGGGUGUCUGGACACGAACUGGCCCGCAUGAAUUAACC